AUGGAUGGAUACAGUGAACGCCAUGAAGCAGAUGCAGCUGUUGGUCAGAGUCCAAACACAAAUUCGGUCACGAAGAAUCCAAAUUCAGACGAAGACGAGCACUGGGAUGAUAGCGUGAUUACAAAAGAGGAAAGAGACGCAAGGUUGCAGAGAAAAGCUGAUGCGGCUAUUAAGAGAGAAAGAGCCAUGGCAUAUGCACAUUCUCACCAGUUACGGAAAGACACGCCAUCAUCAGCUCAUAAAACGAGUGGAUACCCCUUGUGGUGGAAGUGGGUGGAACAACAACUGCCUUAUCAUACCACCACCACCCCUACUCAAAAGAACCAUCAGUUUGCAACCACGCCUUCGAGAUCAACCCACAAGCAGCUUGACACGACGCCUAAUACACCAACGUCAUCAAGGUCCACAAACCGAUGGAUCAAAGCAAGAAAAGCAGCUUCUCUUUAUUCAAUGAAGGAUGAUGAUAGCUUGAGGAGCUGCCCACCAUUUUCGGUCCCCAACUACAUGAGCCCGACUGCAUCAGCAAGAGCUAAAGCAAGACCAAGCAGCAAUCCGAAGGAGAGGUGUGCCACCCCCACCACUCCUUGUAGUGAAUCAUCUAAAAGGAGGUUUUCAUCUCCUUUUACACCAAGGUCCAACAGGGGUGUGUAG